AUGACUCGCAUCGAAGGAUGGUGUCAGCUUAUUGAAUCAAAGGCCGAGAGGGGCAUCUGGAAGUCCACGAGCUCAAAGACGGAGACAGCUUCAGCGGCCGCUUCGGCUCCCACACUUGUUUCAACUCCUAAGAAGCGGGUCAAUAACAUCAAGCUGUCGCCAAGGAAAGGACCAAAGCCUAGCAACUUCAACGCCGAGAAAACAGUCUUUACCUCUCCAAUCUCCUGGAUCAUCAACCAGGUGAAAGAUCAGCCUUUCUUCUCCUUCUCGAACCAAAAGCUUGGCACCGAGAACGGGAAAAUCAAAAACCCUAUCGUUCGGUGCAGUUACCACAAUGAGCAAGGUCACUUUACCACCGCUUGCAAGCCCUUCAAGGCCUACUUGGAGUUGCUAGUCGCGGAAGGCCAUCUCGAUAACUUCAUUGACCACGAAAAGACAAGGGCCCGAGCACAGUGCACCGAAAACCAUGCCGAAGAAGAGGUUCAAACGAUCCAUGUUAUCCACGAACCUCUCAACUCUGAGGCCGCUUGUAUCAUCUGUGCUGAACUGAACGAUGCCACUUUUUCCAAGCACGUCAUGUUGCUCGGUCCCGAGUCAAAGCGCCCCAGGACCGACGCCGGCUCCAAGUGGACCAUCACCUUUACCGAGAAAGACCUCGACCGCAUCCAGCUCUCGCACUACAACGCCUUCGUAGUCACACUGCUCAUCAGAACCUAUAACGUGCGACGCGUCCUCAUUGACCAGGGCAGCUCGGCCAAGGUCAUGUACUACUCUUUGUUUAAAAACCUGAAGCUCUCGGAUACCGACCUCCAUCUUUCUGAAGUUCCCCUCAUCGGGUUCAGCGGAACCACGGUAUGGCCCCUCAGUAAGAUCACUCUCCCCAUCCACGCCGGUUCAGUGGUCCUUGACAUAGAGUUUGUGGUGGUUGACGUUCCUAGCCCUUACAACGCAAUCGUCGGGCGCACCUGGCUCCAUAAGUUGAAGGCCAUCGCCUCCUAUUAUCACUAG